UUAGGCGGCGGCGGCCGCCGCGGCGCAGGCCGAAGGCAGAGGCAGCGAUGGCACACGAAAGCACGAGGCAGGCCCGAGAUCGCGGGGCGACCAGAUCCAAGGCGGAAAAGGCACGGCCGCCCACUGUGCCAGUGCCGCAGGUGGACAUCGUUCCUGGGCGGCUUACUGAGGCUGAGUGGAUGAUGCUCACGAUGGUGGAGGAGGGCGAGGACGUGGUGGGGGACAUCUUGGCAGAUUUGCUGGGGCGUGUCAUGGACUCCGCCUUCAAAGUCUACUUGACCCAGCAGUGCAUCCCAUUCACCAUCAGCCAGGCUCGGGAGGCCAUGCUGCAGAUCAUCGAGUGGCGUUUCCUGGCUCGAGAUGAGGGAGAGUCUGCAGUGGCUGAGGACCCCACCUGGGGAGAGGAUGAGGAGCCCUUGGCAUGCACAACGGAUGCCUGGGCUCAGGGAUCUGUGCCCCUGAUGCAUGCACCAGCCUCAGUGGAGCUGGAGGACUCCUUCCAAAGCGAAGACCAAGGGAGCGUAGACCAGAUUUCUGUAGGAAGAUCGUUGAUGGAUGGAGGCUCUGAGGAGCAGGUGGAAUCCUCCAAGCCAAGAGACACCCUCAGCCCUCCACCCACCCCAGAGCUGUUUCAGGAGGCAGGCCCCAGGGAUCCUUUAGAAGAAUUGGAAGACCAGGAAGGAGGCUACCCAUCUUCGGCAGGGUCCAGGAACCUGAGCCUCCAACAGCUGUCAGAAUCUGUGGAGCAAGUGAUGGAGAGAGUUCCCUCUGGGAGUCCCCACCCUUCUCUGGAGCUGUCCCUGGUAGCCAGCUCCCAGGAAUCGGCAGAGAGCACACGGCCCCUCAGCUCCCAAUUCUCAGUAGAGGACCUCUAUUUCCCGCCUGCUAUUGGGGAUGUAAGCGAGCAGGUGCUCAAGAAGGAUGAGAUGCCCCACACAGCCUUGGACUCCAUCAUACUCAGCCCCUCCGAAUCCUUCCAGCAGCCUUGGUGCUUGGACUCAAAGCUGAGUACACUUCCGCAUAAGGUGGGCCGCAAGGCCUCGGUGCUGCCGAGCCAAUGGGUAUGCCCAGUAGUUGAGGUUGUGGAUCCAGACUCCGAGGUACAACCCCUGGAAAUCUACCGCAGGCGCCCCCGGGUCAAGAAGACAGAGGCGCCGGCCAGACGCCAAGCUACUGGCUCCAGCUUCCGAGCAUCCCGAGCAGAUUUCUGCCCUCUCCCUCCCAGCGGUCCUUUCCCUGCCUUGCGCCCUGGUCCCCAACUUCCCCCUUUAAGCUUUGGCCCAUCAUUGCCAGGCUCCCAGUCAAAGGGGCUCUUACCCGGCCCAGAGAGCCGCUUUCUUGAAAGGCACCGGGGGUUCUCCCAGGUGGCCCGCAGCCCCAGCCCCUGCACUUGGCCAGGUGCAAAGUGGCCUAGGGGCUGGGAAGGGGAGGCGGAGUUGCUGGAAGAGCUGUGGGCCGCCCGGACCCAUGUACCUCCGCAGGAACCCCAGGACCAGGAGGGCCAGGAUCCUCAAAGGUGCUCUUACCUUGAACCCCGAAUCCUCAAGGCCACAUCCCAGGUCAUGUGGCAGCCAGUGUUGCUGCCGGAAGCCUUGAAGCUGGCUCCUGGUGUGAGCAUGUGGAACCCAACCACACAGGUGCUGCUCAGGUCUGGCGCACCCCAGCAGGAGGACAGAAAAGGCUGGACCUCUCCUCCCACUGAGUUGCAACCCAUCCAGACAGAAGCCCACGUGACCAGGGCACAGCUAAUGAAGAAAUCCACCUCCAAUGUGUGGUCACUUCCCUCCAAGAUCCUGCCCCAUUCUGAGCCCUGAACCUCAGCCAGUGGGAAUCCUAUCUUCCUUCUGUCUGCUUGCCAAAAAUAAACACCUGGGUUGCCUUAAGAAUU